AUGACGGUGAAGAAGAAGAAGAUUGAGCUGCAAAGCUGCCCCCUCUGCCUGCUGAUGCUGCUGUUGCCACUCCUCAGUCCGGCAGCCCCCAUCUCCCCAGCUGGGCCCAUCAGUCAAGCCUAUAGCCUGGCCGUCUACAUGCAGAAGAACACAUCAACGCUGCUGCAGACUUAUCUCCAGUACCAGGGCAGCCCCUUUAGCGACCCUGGCUUCUCGGCCCCCGAGCUCCAGCUGAGCAGCCUACCUCCUGCCGCCGUUUCCUUCAAGAUCUGGCACGCCCUGGAUGAUGGGGAGCGGCUGAGCCAUGCCCAGGGAGCCUUCCUGGCCUUGACCCAGCACCUCCAGCUCGUGGGGGACGACCAGAGUGACCUGAAUCCUGGCAGUCCCAUCCUGCUGGCCCAGCUCGGAGCUGCAAGACUCAGGGCCCAAGGCCUGCUAGGCAACAUGGCUGCCAUCAUGACCGCCCUGGGACUGCCUAUCCCCCCAGAAGAGGACACUCUUGGGCUUGUCCCUUUUGGGGCAUCAGCCUUCGAGAGGAAAUGUCGAGGCUACGUAGUCACCCGGGAAUAUGGCCACUGGACAGACCGAGCUGUGAGGGACUUGGCUCUGCUCAAGGCCAAAUAUCCAGCAUAG